CGAACGGACAAAUAAAAGCGACCAUAGACUGAAGCUCUGGUUGGGUUGGGUCGAAACUGGAAAUAUUUACCUGAUACGACCCAAUCAAACGCGUUUUAAUUAAUUCGCCCUAAACGCACAAACCCUCGGUUUAAAGAAAAAUGUUUUAGUGCAAAAAGUUUGAAGCAGAAAAAAGGACCAUGAAGUGGCUGGUCUUUUUCUUUGGUGGGUGUUUUGUGUUUAUCGCGAACGGACAAUACGAGUGGCAAACUCGCGAUGCCUUCGACGAAGUCUCGAGAGCCAUAAAGGCGACCAACAAAGGCAAUUGCGAGAUUCAACAUGUAGGAGAUCUUUUCCUGCCUCCUGAUACUGUGUCUCAUUUGCCGGACAUCAAAGAUGUCAAUAUUAACCCGGUAUUCCCCAACAGGACUCAAUUACUGCACAUGCAUAAUAUGGCAUUGAAUAGGGCUUUUUUUUGGUCAUACAUUCUGCAAAGCAGAUUUAUUCGACCUGCCAUUAAUGACACGUAUGAUCCCGGCAUGAUGUACUACCUGUUGUCCACUGUUGCGGAUGUUUCCACCAAUCAUCACAUCAAUGCCAGUGCCAUAUACUUUUCACCUAACAUGUCUUAUUCCAGCUCUUAUAAGGGCUUUUUCAAUAAGACUUUUCCAAGAUUUGCGCCCAGAACGUUCCGUGCUGAUGAUUUUAAUGACCCAAUACAUUUGGAGCGCAUCUCCACAUUAAAUACAUUUACCGUGUAUGAUUUGGGAGCGAUUACACCCAAUACUAGUGCAGACUAUACGUCCGAAUAUUUUCGGAUCAACGAAUGGUUUAAAGCUUGGCUGCCAGACAAAGUCAAUUCUAGACACGAUACCAAAACUACAUAUCAGGUGGAAAUUCGUUAUGCCAAUAACACAAACGAAACGUUUGCAUUCCACGGCCCACCAGGUGCAGAUGAAAAUCCAGGUCCAGUCAAAUACACUCGCCCUUAUUUCGAUUGUGGGCGAUCAAAUAGGUGGCUGGUGGCCGCUGUAGUGCCCAUUGCAGACAUUUUUCCUCGACAUACCGGCUUUAGACAUGUAGAAUAUCCCACAUACACAGCUGCAUCGGUAGUUGAAAUGGAUUUUGAUCGUAUAGAUAUAAAUCAAUGUCCGAAGGCUUCUGGAAAUGACAAGGCGAAUGCUUUUGUGGACACUGCAAGAUGCAAAAAGGAAACAACCGAAUGUGAACCGAUUCAUGGAUGGGGCUUUAGGAGAGGAGGUUACCAAUGCAGAUGUCGUCCGGGCUAUCGCCUACCGUUACAAGUGCGAAGACCAUUUUUGGGUGAAAUCGUUGAGAGGGCAACGGAAGAGCAGUACUAUAAUGGAUUCGAAUGCAAAAAAAUCGGUUGGAUUCAAAAACUUCCAGCCAAGUGGGAAAAAGCGCCGUGGUAUGUGCGAGAAAUGGAAUUAGACAGACAUCCGGAAUAUAGAUUCCCUGUUCGAGGUCCUGAGUCUUUGAAACAACCCAAUAUCAAUAUACACAAAACACUGGAGUUUAUAUUGGGAAUGAACAAAGAGAACUGUAAGAAAUAUAAACCGGAUGAACUCAUUCUGCAUGGAGGUGCUAUGUUUGGAGCGGAAGAAUUCUUCGAAAAUGAAGCCAAAAUGGCUCUUCGAUUGGCCAACUUUAUCAGCGUUUUUCUACAAGUAUCAGACCCACAAGAAGUGUAUUCGGGAAAACGCGUUGCAGACAAACCACUAACCGAAGACCAAAUGAUGGGCGAAACACUGGCUAUGAUCUUGGGCAACAAUCGAAUUUGGUCGGCUGGCACGUACUGGGAGCGGAACAAAUUCACCAACAAAACCCUAUUUGCCCCGUACGCCUACAAGAAGCAACUCAAUGUGAGACAGUUUCAUAUGGAAGAUUUGGCCAGACUGAAUAAAUCAGACGAGGUAUACUUGAACAAACCGUGGUUCAAAUUCCUAAAGCAUCGAUGGGCCUCCAACUUCGACAGUUUGGAGAAAUUCUGGCUAAAAAUUAGGGUGCGCUUCAACGAAACUGGAGAAACGACUAGAAAGUAUGAACACUAUCCGAAUCACUACAUGGGUGCACGCUUACAUCAUGGCUACUGGAGCGCCCCAUAUUUCGAUUGUAGAGGAAAGGUUCCCAUGUGGAAAAUUAAAUAUGCUGCACCAUUCUUUGGAUGGGAUAGUUUGAAAGUCAAGCUCGAGUUUAAGGGUGUAGUAGCAGUUACUAUGGACAUGUUGAAACUGGAUAUUAAACAAUGUCCAGAUAAAUUUUACGUUCCAAAUGCAUUCAAAGACACUCAUAAAUGCGACGAAAGAACAUCAUAUUGUGUUCCAAUUUUGGGUCGAGGGUUCGAGAGUGGAGGAUACAAAUGCGAGUGCAAGCAAGGUUUUGAAUAUCCAUUUGAAGACGAUAUCACCUACUACGAUGGUCAAAUAAUGGAAGCUGAAUUCACGAAUUUAGUGGACAACAACGAAACAAGGUUUGACAUGUUUAGGUGCAGAUUAGCAGCAGCUGCCAGUAUUCAGAGUAAUAUUCUAAUUGUUUUUAUGCUGUUAGCCAUUGUUUUCGGAGUUUAUGAUAGGAGGUAGGAAACAAAUCGCGAUUUAAAUGCCUAUUGGUAUGUACAUUUUUUAGUUAUUAGAAUAAAAAAACUCCCUCUGGAGAAUUCUAAAGACUGUCAAUAUUAUAGAUCUGUCGAAGGCCUUUAAAACUUAGUGCCUUUAAAAUAAUUUUAGAAAUGUGUAAUAGAAGUGUGAUUUGAUACGGAAUUUUCUUGGAAAAACAGAUAGCAAAUUAGCUGAGAAUUUCGUAUCAGUACUAACCCGUCCAAAGUGAAGUUUAUUAUUUGUUAAAAACCAUUAGGUAAGUUCUUCUAUGUUAUAUCAAUUCCGCAUGGCGAAAUUCAUUAAAUGUAUUAAAGAAAAGCACAUACCAACAUUUUGAGUUGUACCAGUAAAACUUUUAAAAUAGUAUGUAAAUGUUUUUUUAUUAGUAAAAUCAGAAAAAAGCUACUAUGAAUUUGAAUUUAACAUUCCUACCUGAGCUUUAUAGUUAGGUUGCAUAGUUUAAGCGAUGUUUAAAAUAGUUUGUUUGUUGUAAAGUUUAAGAAUAUUCCAUUUUAACCAAAUGACCCCCGACACAGUCAAUUAAAAAUGUUAGAUUUAGUCGUAUUUUGCGUUAAGAAACGGUUGCUUCGUAAAUUAACUUUCCUGAAUGUCUUUCAGAAAAACCUUACCGCUUUAAACAUACUAUUUACCACUAGUUUAGUUGUACUAGAAUCAAUCAGUGCAAAAGUUGUCAAAAUAUUGUUUAACAUUAAAACAAACCAGUCCAAAAGUAAAAUUUACUUGAACCGAAAACUGAUGAAAUUAGUCAUAAUGGCAAAAAAAGUAGGUUUGUACUCAAUAGGACAGCAGUAAAAUCAAUUCGUCUGAUAAGCGCACAAAUCCAAGAAAUUAAAGAGGACUUAAAUAAAUUAGUGCUGGAGAUAUAGAAUUUACCCAGAAUUCAUCCAUAAUUCAACAUCUCCAUCAGAGUACUAAUAUAUUUAUCGGCAUUAAUCGUGUUUUAUGAAACGUCGUAUAAAAAUAUUUUAUAGCUGGAUACUUAUGAAUUCAAAAUUAAUUAAUUCAACAAAAAGUAACCAAUCUGAUCUAAUUUCAGCUGUGAAGAUAAUUUAUUUAUCUAUCACUUAUUACUGUUACGUACUUUUUAUUUGUGGUCAAAAUGGCUAUUUUUGUUAGUUUUUCGUUUAACUAUUGCCAAAGUAUCUUAGUGUUUUGCGGGUUGUAAACACUUGCAAUAUUACCUGCAUAUUUUAUAUUUUCUAUGUUGUAUAUUUGUUCGUUAUAUUUAAGAGAAGUUGUCGUAAAUUAUUCGUGUUCGCCAUUUAUAUAACCUAAUCAAUACGAAAGAUUUACUAUUUUUAUAACCGCAUGUAAAUAUAAGUUUUGCAAGUAAAAGCGUCAGUCCACAAAUGCUAAUAAGUUGUUAAAGCUGAGUUAAAAAUAUAGAGUAUCUUUCAACGAUUGAUGCUAUCGUUAAAAACACACAGACGAACAAAGACCGGGAUAUAAAAAUUUCAACUUACAAUAAGCUUUUUAACUAUGUUUUAGCUUUAAACGACAGUUCCUUUUAUAUUUCCAUAUCACUACCUAAUAAACCCUGAUAGACUUUUGUUUUGGCAGUAAUAUAUACAACGUAUUUGUGCGAUUUGUUUGAAUGCAAUUUUCAAAAGGGCGACCGACAACCAACAGAUCAGCCUGGAUAACGGUUUCUUUAAGCAAGUAAAAAAUUAUUUAGUUGUGGCAAAUUACCACGUACAGUUUUACAUUUUCUAACUAUUCAGGAUGUUUAAAAAUGUAACAUCAACACCGUCAUCUUGAUUAAUUAUGUAACUUUGUAUAAAACUGCAGAAAUGAUUGGAGUUAUAAGUUGAAGCAUAAGCUGCAUUAAUUUUUUUCAAUGCUGGAGAUUAUAAUCCAAGUUUUAUGUACUUGUUGGCGCAUCUGUAUGUUUAAUUUGAUUUAACUAAUAGCGAAUAAAUACAUUACGCUUCCGUCCAAACCUCUUAAUUUUUCUAGAUAGGAUCAUAUAUGGUUUUAUACAAAUUUGAUACUAUGUUUUUGUAUGUAUUCAUUGUGUUUGUAUAUUACAAGUUAAAAUAAAACAUGAAAUAUAAA